AUGUUUUCCAUUUGUCGUCAAACUCAUCCUGCGACAGGAAUCGAGCACGCCGUGAGCUGCUGCUUCUUUAACAAUGAUGAGACAUGCUUGGUUACGGCUGGAGCGAAUAUUAUUAAGGUGUUCAGGCUAUUGCCUGAAGGGCACACGAAAGAGGUUAACGCCGCUGGUCAGCCUGUACCCCCAAAGAUGAAACUGGAAUGCCUCGCCACUUACACAUUAUGGGGUAAUGUGAUGUCAAUAGAGCCAGUCCGCUGCCCGAGUUUUGGCAGAGAUCUAUUGUUGGUGUCAUUCAAAGAAGCCAAGCUGUCAGUGCUACAGUAUGAUCCACAGACAAACAAUUUAAUUACAUUAAGCAUGCAUUACUUCGAAGAGGAUGAUAUGAAGAAUGGCUGGACCACUCACCCUCACAUACCCUGGAUUCGGGUGGAUCCUGAAGCUAGGUGUGCUGUAAUGCUUCUAUAUGGUAAAAAGCUAGCUGUACUCCCGUUCAGGAAGGACCUAGCUUCUGAUGAAGGAGAUCCAUUAGAGGCUAAACCUUUGGAUAGUAAGAAAACACUACCAACUCAGCCGAUCAAUCGUGCACCCACUCUGGCUUCUUACGUGAUUGUGCUCAAGGAUUUGGAUGAAAAGAUUGACAAUAUACUAGAUAUACAAUUCCUACACGGUUACUAUGAACCUACCUUGCUUAUAUUGUAUGAACCAGUCAGAACAUUUGCGGGUCGCACAGCCGUCCGCAACGACACAUGCGCUAUGUGCGGUGUCAGUUUAAACAUGAGCGCCAGAGUGCAUCCCGUUAUAUGGGCGACGGCGCAUCUACCUUUUGAUUGUUUGAGGGCUGUGCCGGUACAGAAACCUUUAGGUGGAUGUUUGAUAAUGGCUGUGAAUUCCCUGAUAUACUUGAACCAGUCGGUUCCUCCCUAUGGAGUGUCACUCAACAGUAUUGCCACACAUACUACUAAUUUUCCACUGCGUAUCCAGGAGGGCGUGUGCGUGACGCUGGACGGGUCGGUGGCGGCGUGGCUGGGCGAGGCGCGGCUGGCGCUGUCGCUGCGCGGCGGACAGCUGUACGUGCUGACGCUACUGGCCGACUCCGUGCGCACGGUGCGCAGCUUCCACCUCGACCGCGCCGCCGCCUCCGUGCUCACCACCUGCAUGUGUGUAAUAGAAGAAGAUUUCCUCUUCCUUGGAUCACGUCUUGGCAACUCUCUCUUACUGAGGGUUACCGAGAGAGAGAACCGUAUGCUGUUUUCCGUGGACAAACCGCUAGAAGCCACUGUAGACCUUACAGUUUCGGAGGGUGAUCCAUCAAUCGUCACCAACACCGCUCCAGCCGCCCCCACCACACAACAGAAGGAUCAGUCCGAUCCUGCGGCAAAGAAGCGUCGGCUGGACACCAUCAGCGACUGCGUGGCGACCAACGUCAUCGAGAUCAGCGACAAAGACGAGCUCGAGGUGUACGGCUCCGAUAUAAGGACGUCCACGCAGCUGACCAGCUAUGUUUUCGAGGUGUGCGAUUCCCUUCUCAACAUAUGUCCGAUUGGUGACGUAUCAAUGGGAGAGCCUCAGUUGCUGUCGGAGGAGUACAGUCGGCAGCAAGACAACCCUAUAGUAGAACUCGUCGUAUGCAGUGGCAGGGGCAAGAAUGGAGCGCUGACUGUACUACAACGUACUGUGAGGCCGCAGUUGAUUACAGCUUUCAAUUUGCCUGGCUGUAUUGACAUGUGGUCGGUCUUCGCCGAAGGUACAGACUCCACCCGCGAGGCUGACGGGUCCCACGCGUACCUCAUACUGACCCAAGAGGACGGGUCCAUGGUCCUGCAGACCGGCCAGGAGAUCAAUGAGGUCGACAAUUCUGGGUUCAUGACCGCCUCCCCCACCAUAUUCGCGGGGAAUCUCGCUAAUAAUAAGUUUAUGGUACAAGUCACUACUGUGGGAAUAAGGCUUAUCAAGAACGGCGUGCAGCUGCAGUCGAUCCAGCUGGAGUGGACGGCGGCCUACGCGGCCACGGCCGACCCCUACCUGUGCGUGCUCUCCGCCUGCGGACGCGCGCUCGUGCUCGCGCUCAGGGAGUUCCGCGGGAAGGACGGCGCGUCGUCGGGUCGCCUGGCCCCUACGCGCCAGGCCGUCCCGCACCGGCCCGCCCUGCUCCGCGCGGCCGUGUACCGCGACCUCAGCGGCCUGUUCGCGCCGCCGGAGGCCGGGGACUCGCAGGUGAAAGGCGAAUUCACUGGUAAAAUGAAAGGCAAAGGCAAGAACGUGAAAGCUGAAGGCUUCAAGCCGGGCACUAUCUACGAGUUAAACGAUGAAGAUGAACUGCUGUAUGGCGGUGACCAGACACCGGCUUCUAUGGCUAGCAUAAUGUUAGCGGAGCAGUCGAAGAACCCCGGGGUGCCGCGGCGCAUCUCGCGCUGGUGGAAGAAGUACCUGCAGGAGGUGAAGCCCACCUACUGGCUCUUCGUGCUGCGCCUCAACGGCAACCUCGAGAUCUACUCUCUACCGGAGAUGAGGCUCAGCUUCCUGGUGCGGGAUGCCUGUGCUGGGAACAGGAUCUUGGCCGACAGUCUGGAAUCAGUACCGAUGCCGUCCAACGCCGUGGACGAUGAAGAGCUGACGAGCGGCGGCUUGAACGCUGACGCUGAGAAACUAAAGGAGCUCUUGGUGGUGGGGCUGGGACACAAAGGCACCAGGGUUCUCAUGCUGAUGCGGUGUUCAGACCAACUUAUGAUUUAUCAGGCAUACAAGUAUCCUCGCGGCAACCUGAAGAUGCGUUUCUCCCGCGUGAACGUGUCGUUCCCGUUCGGGUACCGCGCGGGGUCCCUCUCCACGAGCGACGACUCGUACGAGGCGCAACAACUUAAGGAAGGCGUGCGGCAAUGUCGCUACUUCGGUAACGUGGGCGGGUACAACGGCGUGUUCGUGUGCGGCCCGUCCCCGCACUUCCUGUUCCUGACGGCGCGAGGCGAGCUGCGCGUGCACCCCCUGUGCGCGGAGCACGCGCCCGUGGUCAGCUUCGCUCCCUUCAACAACACCAACUGCCCCAACGGCUUCUUGUUCUUCAAUGCUAAGUCGUCGCUUCGUAUCUGCGCUCUGCCCACGCAUCUCUCGUACGACGCUUGGUGGCCUGUCCGCAAAGUCCCUCUAAGGGUCACUCCUCACUUCGUCACAUACCACGUGGAGUCCAAGACUUACUGCCUCGUGGCAUCCACCCACACUCCUACCACCAGCUACUACAAGUUCAACGGCGAGGACAAAGAGAAAGCUAAUGAAAGUAAAGGAGAUAGGUUCCCGUAUCCAAUGCAAGACAAGUUCUCAGUGACGUUAUUCUCGCCCGUCUCGUGGGAGAUCAUCCCCAACACUCGAAUCGAGCUGGACGAGUGGGAACACGUCACGUGUCUCAAAAACGUCUCGCUCUCGUACGAGGGGACCAGAUCUGGACUGCGAGGGUACAUAGCUAUAGGCACAAAUUAUAACUAUAGCGAAGAUAUUACUUCUAGAGGAAGGAUAAUAAUCUACGACAUAAUAGACGUGGUGCCAGAACCGGGCCAGCCGCUCACCAAGAACAGGUUCAAGGAGCUGUACGCGAAGGAACAGAAGGGACCUGUCACAGCGCUCACACAAGUUCUCGGAUACCUCAUAUCUGCAGUCGGACAAAAGAUCUACAUAUGGCAAUUAAAAGACAACGACUUAGUGGGCGUGGCGUUCAUAGACACGCAGAUCUACGUGCACCGUAUAUUGGCUGUGAAGAACUUGGUGCUUGUCGCUGAUGUGUACAAGUCCAUCUCGCUCCUGCGGUAUCAGCACCAGCAUAGGACUCUGUCUCUGGUCUCGAGAGACUUUAGAACUGCCCAGAUAUAUGACAUGGAAUUUAUGGUGGACAACACAACGCUCGGCUUCCUCGUGAGUGAGUCGGAGGGAAACCUGACUCUCUUUAUGUACCAACCGCAGGCUAGAGAGAGCUACGGAGGUCAACGGCUGAUCCGCAAGGGCGACUACCACGUGGGGCAGCAGGUCAACGCCAUGUUCCGCAUCGCCGCCACCCACGCGCCAGGGGACGUGGUGCGACGCCACGUCACCAUGUUCACAACAUUGGACGGAGGCGUGGGGUACGUGCUGCCCAUCACGGAGAAGAUGUACCGGCGCCUGCUCAUGUUGCAGAACGUGAUGAACAACUACUGCUGUCACAUCGCUGGACUCAACCCUAGGGCCUACAGGACAUACAAAUCAGCGCGACGUCCAGUUGGCGGUGGUCCAGCUCGCAGCAUGCUGGACGGAGAUCUCGUCACUAUGUAUACAACUAUGCCUAACUCGGAGAAAUUAGACAUCGCCAAGAAAAUCGGUACAAAAGUGGAAGAGAUCAUGGCGGAUCUCUAUGAGAUAGACAGACUGACUGCUCACUUUUAA